AUGCACACGGUCUUUCUUGGUCCUCAUGGCCCCUUUUCUUACACUCUCCUCUUCUCUCUGAAAGGAGCCGACCAGAGCAGCCACCGCCAGAGAGGCCAGCCCACCGGUUCGACUGUCCCCCUGCCCUGCUCACAAUCCAGCUUCUGCAAAGUGGACUAGGUCUUCAUUGAAUUUUGUGUUGAAGACAGUAAAGAUGUUAACGUAAAUUUUAAAAAAUCCAAACUGACUUUCAGUUGUCUUGGAGGAAGUGAUAAUGUUAAGCAUUUAAAUGAAAUUGAUCUUUUUUUUUUUUACUGUGUUGCUCUAAAUGAUUCCAAGCAUAAAAGAACGGACAGAUCAAUUUUAUGUUGUUCACGAAAAGGAGAGUCUGGCCAACCAUGGCCUAGGUUAACCAAAGAAAGGGCAAAGCUUCAUUGGCUUAGUGUGAACUUCAGUAAUUGGAAAGAUUGGGAAGAGGAUUCAGAUGAAGACAUGUCUAAUUUGGAUUGUUUCUCUGAGAUGAUGAACAACAUGGGUGGUGAUGAGGAUGUAGAUUUACCAGAAGUAGAUGGAGCAGAUGAUGAUUCACAAGACAGUGAUGAUGAAAAAAUGCCAGAUCUGGAGUAAGGAAUAUUGUCAUCGCCUGGAUUUUAAGAAAAUUACUUCUUCACAAGGUUUCAUAAUUGAGAAAAUUCCUGAGUUAUAGCUCUAAAGGCAGCUGCUGUAUUUGCCUCCUUUAACCCAUUUUUCAACCUGUUCCCCCCGCCUUUUUAAGGGCUUCACUAAGGGUUGAUUAUGUACCAUUGUAUGGGGCAAAUUUAAGUCAGCUAAGGCACUAUCCCUAUGCAUGAGCAUUUUUAAGACUGCCAUGAAGCUGUGGAGGUCCUAGUUAAUUGAUAACACCAGCUGUGAUAAGUAAGAACAUUUCACCUGUCUCCUUUACUUCAUAACAUAAUUAUUGAAUAAUAAGAAGCUUAGGGAAAGAUAACUAAAUUUUAGUUUUUAGGAUAUGGACUCAAGAGUGGCUGAAACAAAUUGGCUGACACCUUAAACUGAUAACCUGCCUUUCCUCUGGAGUACCCUGCAGUAUUGUUACACUAAAGUUUAUUUUUCAGAAAAUUUACUGCAUAUUAUUGUAUGUAAGUGAUUAUUUGUCAGUGUUCUAGAUGUAUCUUAGCUAAAACUAGUGAAUGCCCUUAACUUAGAUGGCUUUUUUGAAGCCUAUACAUUUGGCAUUAUUUGCCCCUUAAGCUUUUACAUGUCUUAGCAUGGAGGGCCAAGAAAGCUGUAGAUUGUUGCUUGAGAGUCUGUACAUUUAGACCCCCGAUUUGUGUUUGCACUGUCAGUAUUGCAACUGAGUGAAAAAAUUUUAAUACACUAUUGGAUUUUUUAUUUAUUUUUUUGGGGGGGGGGAUUCAGCUUAUAUCUAGCUGAAAACCUCAAUUUAUGUUCAUGACAGUGGGGAUUUUUUAAAAUGUCUACAUUCUUUCUAAUAAACCAUUGGA